ACAAAACUGAACCCCGCAACCUCGUCGACCAUGUCCAUGGCCACCGCCGUCCUCCUCCGCCUCGCGCCGCUGCCGCCGCGCCCCAGCCCUCGCGCGCCCAGCUCCCCGAAGCCCGCUCUCCUCCCGCCCCUCGCCUGCCACCGCGGCCGCGCCUCGGGCGCCAUCAGGGCCGCCGGCGACGGGCUCGCCGACCAGAACACCGUGUACACGGGCGUGUACGGGCCCUGGUCCGUGGACGACGCGGACGUGCGCGAGGUGCUGCUGUACCGUGCCGGGCUCGUCACCGCCGCGGCCUCCUUCCUGGCCGCCUCCUCGGGGGCGUUCCUGCCGGCGGGGAGCCCCGCCGGCGACGCCGUCCGGCAGGGCGCCGACCUGCUCUACGCCGCCGGGGCCGCGGGGCUCGGGCUGUCGCUCGUGCUGAUACACAUCUACGUCACACCCAUCAAGCGGUUCCUCCAGGCGCUGUGGGCCGUGGGCGUGCUCGGGUCCGUCGGGACCUACGCCCUCGCCGCGCAGCCGCUCGGCGAGGGGCUCGUCCGCUACGUGCUCGACCACCCGGGCGCCAUGUGGUUCGUCGGGCCCACCUUCGCCGCGCUCACCGGCCUCGUCUUCAAGGAAGGACUCUGCUAUGGAAAAUUGGAGGCUGGUAUCUUGACGUUUGUUAUCCCCACCCUUCUCCUUGGACACCUGUCUGGGUUGAUGGACGAUGGAGCAAAAUUGGGCCUCUUGGGAGUGUGGAUGGCACUCUUCACCGUGUUCGCCGCGAGGAAAUUCCAGCAGCCCAUUAAGGACGACAUCGGCGACAAGUCUGUUUUCAUGUUCAACGCACUCCCUGAAGAAGAAAAGAAAGCCCUGCUGCAGAAGCUCGAGGCACCAACCGAGCAGAAGUUCGAAUAGCAGAUAUCCAUCAGGCACAAUGACGAUAGCCAGUUGAUGGACUUCCAGAUCGGUGCCUCCCUGAAGAGGAAGGGAA